GAAGGGGUGCUAAGGAAGUAAGAGAUGGAAGCAAGAAGAAAGGCGCGUUAGGGGUGGUGGAGAGCCCGGGGCGUCUGCCCGUCCGCGCUCUGGACCCGCCCGAGCGCGGCGCCCGAGCCCCGCAGCGCGCAGCCAGUUCCGCGGCCCCGAGACCGUGCGACGCGCCGCUGUCCGCUGGCGUGCCCGGCACCCCGCACUUUAGUCCCUGUGCGCCCACCUCCCGGACCUGGGGGCCACAGUGCCCGCCCCGGACCGCUGCCAGGUAGCGCUCGCGUGGGACCUCUGCUAAGAUGUAAAGCGACCUCCGAGUGACUCUGAGAACCUGAGCAAGCUGUACGGCACAUGUCACAUCUGUUCGCUGGUAGGGAGGUAAAGCAGCUUCCUGUGCCUACAUUCUCCUUGGGACUGUGAGCACCUGCAACGGAAGGACCGCAUCUGAUAUGCAUGUAUCUCCCGCGCUUGACCACACCUGGUACAUCAGAGGUCUCCAUUUUUUCAAUUAUAUUAAACUUUCUAAAAAUGGAUUUCUUAAACUCAUCUGAUCAAAACUUGACUUCAGAAGAAAUGUUAAACAGAACGCCAUCUAAAAUUCUGGUGUCCCUGACUCUUUCCGGGCUGGCUCUCAUGACAACGACCAUCAACUCCCUUGUGAUCGCUGCAAUUAUCGUGACCCGGAAGCUGCACCACCCCGCCAACUAUUUAAUUUGCUCUCUUGCAGUGACAGAUUUUCUUGUAGCUGUCCUGGUGAUGCCUUUCAGCAUUGUGUAUAUUGUGAGAGAGAGCUGGAUUAUGGGCCAAGUGGUCUGUGACAUUUGGCUGAGUGUUGACAUUACGUGCUGCACGUGUUCUAUCUUGCAUCUGUCUGCUAUCGCUUUGGAUAGAUAUCGGGCAAUCACAGAUGCUGUCGAGUAUGCCAGGAAAAGGACUCCCAAGCAUGCUGGCAUUAUGAUUACAAUCGUUUGGAUUAUAUCCAUUUUUAUCUCUAUGCCGCCGUUAGUCUGGAGGCACCAAGGGACAAGCCGAGAGGAUGAAUGUAUCAUCAAACAUGACCACAUUGUGUCCACUAUUUACUCAACAUUUGGGGCUUUCUACAUACCACUAACAUUGAUUUUGAUCCUCUACUACAAAAUAUAUAAAGCAGCAAAGACGUUAUACCACAAGAGACAGGCAAGUAGAAUUGCCAAGGAGGAGCUGAAUGGCCAAGUCCUUUUGGAGAGUGGUGAGAAAAGCACUAGACUGGUCUCCACAUCAUACAUGCUAGAAAAGUCUUUAUCUGAUCCCUCAGCAGACUUUGAUAAAAUUCACAGCACAGUGAAGAGUCCCAAGUCUCAAUUAAGGCAUGAGAAAUCUUGGAGAAGGCAAAAGAUCUCAGGCACAAGAGAACGCAAAGCAGCCACCACCCUGGGAUUAAUCUUGGGUGCAUUUGUUAUAUGCUGGCUUCCGUUUUUUGUAAAAGAAUUGGUUGUUAAUGUCUGUGAAAAGUGUAAGAUUUCGGAAGAAAUGUCAAAUUUCUUGACAUGGCUUGGAUAUCUCAAUUCCCUUAUAAAUCCACUGAUUUAUACAAUUUUUAAUGAAGACUUCAAGAAAGCCUUCCAAAAACUUGUGCGCUGUCAAUGUUAGUUUAAAAUUUUUUACUUAAAAUAAUGUGUGUGUGAAAGAAGGGGGAAAUUU